GAAUUCCGGUCCAUGACUUUGCCAUGGGACAUCCCUUUCGUCUAUGAAACAACUGGUGCCAGCGCCACAACGAGCUUUGCGCUCCCUGGAGACUCGCAACGUGCCCAAGUUGUCGGAUGUGGAAGGUCGCUUUCGCCCGCCCAGUCGCGGCCUACGUUUCUGGACGGUGCUCCGUGCCUGCGCGGGGCAUGGGGACCCCUACCGGGUUCAGGCGUGGUUGGCGCGGGCCAAGGCCUACGACCUCCAGGUGGAUCUCAGGGUGGCCAACUCAUUGCUCCAUGCCUAUGCCAAGGUGGCGGAUUUGAAAGCUGCGGAAAAAGCGUUGCUGGGAUUGAUCCGCCAAAAACAUCAUCCAUCCACCGAGUCCUUCAAUGCCAUCCUGGCUGCAUGUGCUCGAGAUGAAAACAUCUCAGCUGCCCUGAAGUGGUUUCAAAGACUUCUGGAUACAGGCUUGAAGCCUGACAAGGUAACCUACCGUACCAUGGUGUCAGUCUGCGCUCGCGCCGGAAAUUUACCCUUGGCAGAGGAGUGGUUGGGCAGGAUGUUGGAUGCAACUGAUGACAGGCUGGAUGUUGUCAGUUGCAGUUCCCUCAUCGGCGGCUAUGCAUCCCGAGGUGAUGCCCAAAAUGCCCAAAGGUGGCUGGAACGGUUGUUGCUGAUUGGCCUGCGACCCGGUCCUUAUGCCUUCAAUCCAGUGAUUUGUGCCUGGUCCUACGUGGAGGCUUCCAAAGCCGAAGCCUGGCUGUGGAAAGCCAUGGAGACUGGGGUGAGGCCCAGUGAUGUCGCACUGCAACGGACCCUGGCUGCGUAUGUGAAGCAGCAAGACUUGGAGGGAUGCGAUCGGAUGAAAGAACUGUUGAAAAAGUUACAUCAAUGGCCAGCAGCCUGGGCAUUGGCGCUGCUGGCAAAGCCACAUGCAGCUGCUGGGGACUUUGAAAUGGUGGAAGAGUUGUUGGAAGACUUGAAACUCUGUCCCGAAGCGGAGGAAUCUGAUUUGCAGGCCUGUUUGAGGGCACUACUGGCAGCCUACGCACGUUCACCACGCAACCCGAAGGAUGAGAAAGUGGCGCACUGUUGCGAACGGCUCUUUGCCCUGAAAUCUUUGGACCGGGAUGCCACUGCCCUGGGGGAUGCCCGACGAGCCUUGGGUCGGGACGGCUAUCAACGCCUGGUGGAGAGCUUGGGAUUGGACGUGCAGCCGCAGAUCCCACGGAAGUUGCAUGCGCGCAGUCGAGUCGUUGGAACCUGGCAGGAGAUCUCUCCCAGCUGAAAUUUCGAUUAAA